AUGGAAAAGACUUAUCUUGAUGAGUUAAAACCCUUCUUAAACAGCUAUCUUCCUUUUGGUGAUGGGGCUAAAGGGAAAUCAAGGUUUGAAAGGAAUAAGGUAUUGGAUCUAGUUCCUAGACCUGAAGAUGUGAAUGUCAUUGGCACUAAGUGGAUUUUCAAGAACAAAUGUGAUAAAACCGGUAAUGUGGCAAGGAAUAAGGUCUAUGUUAAGCAACCUAAGGGGUUUAUUGAUCAUAACUCACCAGAUCAUGUGUAUAAAUUGAAGAAAGCUUUAUGGAUUGAAACAAGCUCCAAGAGCCUGUCUGAGUUUGAGAUGAGUCUUAUAGGAGAACUCACUUAUUUCAUUGGUUUUCUAGUAAAGCAAAUGAAAGAUAGUAUUUUUGUGUCUCAAAGUAAGUAUGCUAAGAGCAAAGUGAAGAAGUUUUGUCUUGACUAUACUAUCCAUAAGAGAACUCCUGCUGCAGCUCACUUGAAGCUUUCUAAAGACGAAAAUGGAGUUGAUGUUGAUCAAAGACUCUACAAAAGUAUGAUAGGAAGUUUGCUUUAUCUAACAACUAGCAGACCUGAUAUCACAUUUUUUGUAGAUGUGUCUUCUAUGUACCAAGAAACACUUAAGGCUAGUUAG